GUCAAACUCGAGAGAGCAGAGAUCGAAGCUCCGUUUGAAACGCUCUGCAAUGGCGGCUGGGUUGUUCCGAACUGAGAUGUCAAUGUUAUCCUCCACGUUGGCGCGAACAUACUCCAUUCCCUUCCGCAAAACGCUAAUCUCCUUCGAUUCUCGAAUCGCAAUGCAAACAAACUCUUUACCCAGAACUCGACAUUCUCGUGUUGCUUCUCUCAGCUCAUCGUCUCCUUCUCAUUCACGAAAUUUUCCAGUUCCAGGGGUAGAGGAUGUCUUUGUUGGUUAUCUAUUUGGGAGGAAGAAGGCAACAGAAGUAGCUCAUGUUGUGUGGGAGCAGGUAAUCCAAAAGGGCGAUAUGGUCAUUGACGCUACAUGUGGAAACGGUAACGAUACUUUAGCAAUGUUGAAGAUGGUUACGGAUGAUUCUGAUUACUUUGGUGGCUGUGUCUAUGCAAUGGACGUUCAAAAAGAUGCCAUUGAGAGCACUUCUUCUUUGCUAAAUCAAACCCUUGGCUCAAAAGAGAAGGAACGCGUCAAGCUCUUUAAUAUGUGUCAUAGUAAGAUGGAAGAGAUUGUUCCUGAAAACUCUAGUGUGAGGAUGGUUGCGUUCAAUCUGGGGUAUCUUCCAGGUGGAAACAAGUCGAUAAUCACUGUCUCUAAUACAACUGUAUUGGCAUUGAGGGCGGCUGAGAGAAUCUUAAUGCCUGGUGGUCUCAUAAGCUUGGUAGUUUACAUUGGUCAUCCUGGUGGAAGGGAAGAGUUAGAAGUGGUUGAAGCUUUUGGGUCGAGUUUACCGGUCAGUGAUUGGGUCUGCUGCAAGUUGCAAAUGUUGAACCGGCCUUUAGCACCGGUUCUUGUUUUCAUGUUCAAGAGAGAAAAGUGAUUUUUUUUCAGAUUCACAAAAGCUUUGUGUGCAUCUACACAUCACCAUGUUCACUUGCACGGUAUGUUCUUAUUAGUGUUGUAACUUGUAACCUCAAGAUUUUGUUUUUGUUAGUAUACGAAGCUGCUUCAUUUUUUUUUUGGA